AUGUGUACCAAUCCUAGUCUAUCAUCUCCCCAUCCAUUCAUAACUCUGGACCAAUCACCGGACAGCUUCCAAUGAGAUGACCUGGUUCUAAUGAAAUAUUUACUACAUAUACUAUCAACCAUGUGACUGUUUGCUUGAAAGUGUUAUUUGUAAGCGGGAGAUAGCUGUUAUAUUUCCGGUUUCGUUUAUAGUCUGGAGUUUUACACUGUCAUGUUUCCUGGUAUAGAAACUUAGUUUAAGGAAUGCUACAAUGUGACAGAAGCUGACAGAACUGACCAUAUAAUUGUUGGUCUACAGUAUUGAUCGCUGGUAACACUGACCAGCACUAUUGUGUUGUAGAUAUACCUCCUGUUUUAUUGUGUAUAUCUUGUAGUGGACCUGAGGCCACCUUAUUGAACUGUGUAGAACCCUAUUGUCUAGACCAGUGACAGAAAAUACUGUAUGGUCCGAAGUUUUAACAAGAAAAAGAUCCUGUAGAUUGAAAAUGGAGAUCUCCACACAGUUGGAAACCCCUGUACAUAUGAGAAAAUUGUGUAUGUGAUCAGUGAUCACUGACCCAUUUAAAAUAUCAGGUAAACAGAACUCUAACUGGUGUAUACACAGUCAGGUGUGCCCAGUCAUAUGAGAGUGCUCACCCAUGUGUGGAGUAUCCUGACCUGGGGAUUUCAUACCUAUACUAGGGUGGAACGUUACUUGCGACCAUGGGAAGCACAAGCUCAGUGCCCAUUUUGGUGGAUCUUAACAAACAGUCGGAGAUAGUAGAGGGAAAAGACAGAGCCAGAAUUUCCAAACUGUGUAAGGAUGGACAGCUUAUUACAGAACCAGGUGAUGGUGUCACAACACUGUACGAGGCAUUCAAAAGGGGUGCCAGACUAUCUAACAAUGGUCCGUGUUAUGGCUGGAAGCCCAGCCCAAAGGAACCUUAUACAUGGUUCUCCUACAAUGAUGUUUUGGUGAAGGCAGCUAACAUUGGAGCUGGAUUGUUGAAAAAAGGACUGAAAGCAUCCAACAAGACAUUUGUAGGAAUCUACUCCCAAAACAGAGUGGAGUAUGGCAUCAUGGAGCAGGGUUGUUACAUGUACUCUAUGGUACUGGUACCCCUGUAUGAUACCCUGGGGCCAGAUGCUUGUGCAUUUAUCAUUAAUCAAGCGGACAUUGAAUUGGUGUGUUGUGACAAAAAUGUGAAGGUCCAGAAUAUACUAAACCGCAUUAAAGAGACGCCACAGCUCAAGAUCAUAGCUCUGAUAGAACCGCCCACCCCAGAAAACGUCACCAAAGCACAAGAAUGCGGCAUUGAGCUCAUCAGAUUUUCUGAUCUUGAUAAACUUGGAGAACAAAAUCCUGUGGAACCAAUGCCUGCUAAACCAGAUGAUCUGUGUGUUCUGUGUUACACAAGUGGAACAACAGGCCUUCCAAAAGGUACCAUGCUGACUCAUAAAGGGACAUUGGCUACAGUGGCUGCAACCCAAAAACAAUUGGAACCUGCUGGAAUAAAGAUCACACACGAGGAUGUGUUGAUAUCUUACCUGCCGUUAGCACAUUCCUAUGAGAGAUUACUAGAGUGCUAUCUCACCAUGUCUGGUGCUAGAAUUGGGUUUUUCCAAGGUGAUGUACGUAUGUUGAUGGAUGACAUCAAAGAAUUAAAGCCAACAUUGUUUCCCUCAGUACCUCGACUACUCAACAGAUUCUACGAUAAGGUGGUGGCUGGAACGCAAGCAAGUGCAGUCAAACAGUUUAUGUUCAAAAUGGCCAUGAGCAGUAAAGAGUCGGAACUAAAUCGCGGUAUUAUACGAAAAGACAGUGUUUGGGACAAAAUGGUGUUCAAGAAGAUCCAGGAUGGACUUGGAGGGAGAGUAAAAUUGAUCACAACAGGGUCUGCUCCACUGUCGGCUAAAGUGUUACAGUUCCUUCGGUGCUGUGUUGGCUGUCCGAUCUUGGAGGGCUAUGGACAAACUGAGUCUCAUGCCAUCUGUUCACUGACAGUGGUGGGAGAUGCGGAUGUUGGCCAUGUGGGCAUACCGCUUGCGUGUAACUAUCUCAAGGUAGCAGAUGUCCCUGACAUGAAUUACUUUGCCAAGGAUGAUAAAGGCGAGGUGUGUGUAAAAGGAGCAAACGUAUUUGUUGGGUACUACAAGGAUCCGGAGAAGACCAAAGAAGCCCUGGACGAUGAAGGAUGGCUACACACGGGUGAUAUAGGGGAAUGGUUACCAAAUGGUACCCUAAAAAUCAUAGACAGAAAGAAGCAUAUCUUCAAACUGGCACAAGGGGAAUACAUAGCCCCAGAGAAGAUAGAGAAUGUGUAUGUACGGAGUACUUUGGUGGCUCAAAUGUUUGUCCAUGGGGACAGUCUAAAGUCGUCCCUUGUGGGUGUGGUGGUGCCUGACCCAGAAACAUUCCCACAGUUUGCCAAGACCAAGCUAGGAGUGACAGGUACCCUUGAAGAGUUAGCAAAGAACCCGAAAAUCAAAAAAGCAAUUCUAGAUGAUAUGACAGAUCUUGGUAAAAAAUCUGGUCUCCAUUCUUUUGAACAGGUUAAAGAUAUAUUUGUGUUCCCAGAGUUAUUCUCAGUGGAAAAUGGACUCUUAACACCAACAUUUAAAGCAAAACGAAAUGAACUGAAAGUGUUUUUCAAAAGUGAGAUAGAGGAGAUGUACAGCAAGCUGACAUGAGUGGAUUUCUCUGUGUAACACACAAUGGUUGUGUAAGGCUUAGCCAGCAUGAUGCGACCGCUAACCAAUUGGUGAACCAGUGAAUGUGAUAACUCUGGGGUCUUCAGUGGUAGAAACAUUUCAAGGAUGUUUUACCUUGGGAGUCUGUACAUGGUUUACCUUGGGAGUCUGUACAUGUUUUACCUUGGGUGUCCGUACAUGUUUUACCUUUGGAGUCUGUACAUGUUCUAAGAGUAUCAUCUCAUUGAGCAUUUUGUCAUGAUCAACAGCAUAUAGUGAAACCCUUCUAAACUGACCUUGUUAAUUCUGCUUAGAUUCUGAUUUAGCAAAAUGUUUUUCUGGUUAAUAAUCCACAAAACAAGGCUGAAGUUAUUAGACUUAGAAAAGUCUCGUGACUUGGUCUGCUGUUUUAAAGAUUUGGUGCUGGGAUAAUGUCUUUAGUCGGUUUAGAAGUGUUUCACUGAUUACUUAGGGGGAAUGAGCUAUCUUUGUGUUUCCUUUGUAAAAAGGUUUAUUUUAACUGAGAAUGCACAUGGUAGGAAAGGUCAAUGUAUAGCUUAGUCCUACAAGAUGUAUAGCUUAGUCCUACAAAAUGUCUACAUAUUUUUAAACAUGCCACACAAAUUAAACUUUUGAUGAACUCAUAUGAUACCUCAUUGCAUGGAAAACAAAUCAAAAUUUCAUAUCAGAUCUACUUUCUUGCAAAACCAUCAUCAAUUUUAUUCAGGACCAGUCCGUCUCCACAGACUAAGCACUAAACAGCUGGAGAUGGUAGAGGUUGUUUUGUUCAGUGAUUCGCACAGGGAUUUAUAGUGUAAUAGUACCAGCUGUAGGAGAUACGAUACUUGAUCUGUAUCUAGAGCAGACCAGGUGCCAUAUGAUCUAUAGGUGACAAUGAAUUGAAGGAGGAGUAGAGUCAUUUAACAAAAUUUGACUGGCUUGAUUUCAUUAUAUUUAACUAGCUAGUACCAGGAGAAAACUUCUGUUGGUCCGUAGAUAUGCUUAUUGGGACCUAGGAAUUCCAUUUAUCACUACAAACUCAAGUGUGAUUGAAGUUUUUGAGAGGUCUUAGAAACAGAAAUAUGAAGUACAAGUAAUGUGUCAAAUAAGGUAUGCUAAAUACCCCAAUAAUUACUUAUAAAUUAGGUGUAUCUCUCUAGUUGAGCCAUGACGAUGGUGACAUUAGUAUAUGCUGGGCUGUUAGUCGAGUGUAGAUGUGACAGGCCGAUAAUCCUGCAAGUAUGUGAUGGACUAUUGGUCAUGUGAGUAUAUGAUGGGCUGAUUGUCAUGCGAGUGUGCAUUGUAAUAGAAUACACAUAUCUGCGAGUAAAAUAUGUAUACAUGUACAUGAUAGUGUGGCUGUAUUUCAUAUUGGAAAAGAAAAAUAUUAUGCUUGACAGAAAACAUAAUGAUUGUAUUAACUGAAAGUGGACAUAACAGACACAUGGUACCUGUGCAUUGUCUACGAAAGGGCCUUCAACAACAUCACAUUUAAAAGUAAUUUUCAAAAAUUGUAGUAAGCUAAAAACAACUGUCAAUAUUACAUUACUUUACCAAGUAUGUGGUCAAUGUAUUACAUUACUGAGUAUGUUGACAAUGUAUUACAUUACCGGGUAUGUCGACAAUAUAUUACAUUACCGACUAUGUCGACAAUGUAUUACAUUACUGA